AUUGAAAAGAGGGUUAUGCAAUGCAUAUACACACCCUCAUAUUCAAUUCAAAGCCACCACCAUGAUGACUUUUUCCACUGUUACAACUACUUUCCAUCUCCUUCUCUCUCUAUUCACUUAGUUAGCAUGUCUGUUUCAGAAUCCAACAGACAAAAUACAAUGACUUCCACUGUCUUUAAGGUUGCUGUGUUGGGUGGUGGAAUUUCAGGAGCAGUGUGUGCAUCAACUCUUGCUAGAAAUGGUGUUUCUGUUACACUCUUUGAGUCUGCUAGAGGCCCUGGUGGACGCAUGUCCCAAAGAAGAGAGAAAACUGAAGAUGGCAAAGAGCUGCAUUUCGACCACGGUGCUCCGUUUUUCUCUGUUAGCAAGCCUGAAGUGGCUCGUCUAGUUCAAGAAUGGGAGUCGAGGGGUCUCGUAGCUGAAUGGAGAGAAAAGUUUGGUUCAUUUGAUAUUCAAACCCUUAAAUUUGACAACAUAGAGCAGGAAGGACUAAGCAAGAGAUUUGUGGGUGUUCCAGGCAUGAAUUCUAUAUGCAAAGCAUUAUGCAACGAGAGUGGUGUGGAAAGCAAGUUUGGUGUGGGUAUUGGAAGAGUUGAAUGGUUGGAUGAUGAGAAAUUGUGGUCAUUGAUAGGUGUGGAUGGACAAAAUCUUGGUCAGUUUAAAGGACUUGUUGCAUCAGAUAAGAACAUAGUUUCUACUAGGAUUGCAGAUGUCACAGGACGGUUGCCACCACUUGAUUUAAAGUUGUUGCCUGAGUUGUCAGAAAAGUUGCACAAUCUUCCUGUUAGGCCAUGUUUCGCAGUUAUGCUGGCAUUUGCAGAGCCUCUGUCAACGAUUCCAGUUAAAGGCUUCUCAAUUAAAAAUUCUAAAGUUCUAAGUUGGGCUUACUGUGAUAGCAGGAAGCCAGGCCGUUCUACUACAAGUGAAAGAUGGGUUCUUCAUUCAACAGCAGAAUAUGCAGAGAGUAUAAUUGCUCAAACGGGACUCAAGAAACCCUCAGACGUUACAUUGAAUAAAGUGGCUGAAGAGCUUUUCCAAGAAUUUCAAAGGACAGGGACUAAAAUAUCACAGCCUUUUUUCAAGAAAGCCCAUAGAUGGGGAAGCGCAUUUCCAGCUGCUAGUAUUGCCCAAGAGGAAAAAUGUCUCUGGGACAGAAACAAGAGACUAGCCAUUUGUGGUGACUUCUGUGUUAGUCCCAAUGUUGAAGGUGCCAUAGACAGUGGAUUGGCAGCAGCUUUAAGGCUUAAAGAUAUUAGUUCCAGCUGUUUAUAGUUGAAAGAUUGAAGCCUUGGAACAUUAUCUUUUCUACUUCUCCAAACUUGGGUGUGAAUUUAAUCUGGUUUACUUUUUCCUGAGAAAACUUGUUUAAUAUUUUUUCAAGACAUGGUUGUAUUAUACUAAAUUACGGUGGACCAAAAGCUACAUAUUGGAGGUUCUAAAAAUUACGGUGGGAGAACUAUAAAUUCACGGCGGCGAUUGCUCACGGCUCAACCAAGGCUAGUCUACUAUAGCUAUGAAUUUGUGAUCAUGAUAUUGUUGAAAAUGCAAGUCUUGAGUUAAGUGAUGACAAUGUAUGUGUAAAGAUUUGCACACUCGCUGUCUUAAGGUUUCAUUAUUAUGCUGUCUAAUAUGAUUUGUUUGGUUUGUAAUGACUUAUCUCAUUUGGUACUAAUUAGUUAUGUUUUAUUGGAC